AUAGGCCUCUCUGCAGCAGAGUGUGGAUGACGUGUUCAUAUUUUAUUUCGCGUAUUCUGUAUGUUCUGUCAUCGAUCGCGCUCGUGCCCGGCGCUCGUGCCCGCUGCGGUAUUAUUGUCAUCUGGGUUUGUUUUCAGGGAUCGGGUUCGGUUCGGUUCGGUUCUGAUCUCUCACGAUGUCUCUGGUGGAUUUGGGAAAGAAGCUCCUGGAAGCGGCUCGCUCCGGUCAGGAUGACGAGGUCCGGAUCCUGAUGGCCAACGGAGCUCCGUUCACCACAGACUGGCAGCUGGGCACGUCUCCUCUACACCUGUCGGCUCAGUUCGGUCAUUACUCCACCACUGAGGUCCUUCUGCGCGCCGGAGUGAGUCGAGACGCCCGGACGAAAGUGGACCGGACGCCGCUGCACAUGGCGGCCGCUGAGGGUCACGCGCGCAUCGUGGAGCUGCUGCUCAAGCACGGUGCGGAUGUGAACGCGAGGGACAUGCUGAAGAUGAGCGCGCUGCACUGGGCCGUGGAGCACCGACACACACACGCCGUGGAGCUGCUGCUGCGCUUCGGUGCCGAUGUUCACGCGCAGAGCAAGUUCUGCAAGAACCCGCUGGACAUCGCGCUGGACAACAGCAGCCUCGAGCUGGCCGAAGUCCUGCAGGUGGCGAUGCAGAACCAGAUCAACACAAACCCCGAGAGUCCCGAGACUCUGACCAUCCACACGUCCACUCCGCAGUUCAUCAUCGGCCCGGGAGGAGUCGUGAACCUCAGCGGGAUCGUCUCGCCGGGACACAGCAGCAAACACACAGGUGACGCCGGACCCUGAGCGCCAUGAAAGAGG